CUCAUUUGCCCUUCUCUACUGUUUCUCUCUGCUAUUUUCUCCUAAUAUCGUGUAUUGCUCUGUGUAUGGUCUCGCUGCUUCCCCACUUUCUUCGAAGGAAGAUAAGAAGACGAAUGUAUGCGAUAACCCCGGCGCAGGAUCAAAGGUCGAAUUCAUCCAACAGUGAUUCAUUUAUUUUUCAGUUCAGUUCCAGUGAAUGCUACUAACGUUCGAAAGUUUACUUCUCAAGUUAUGUGUUCGAUUAAUUUUAAGUUGACUCACAUCAAGAGUGGAAAAUUUUUAGAAUAGCACAGAUUUUGGAAAAUGCUCUUCAAUUGAUUUUUGUUCACCCGUCUACAGAAACUGAUGGUCGGUUUUUAACAAAAGUGACUGAAAAAGCUACAGAUAAUCCACUACUUUAUUGUGCUUUCAUGAGUGGGAAAUUAUUUUUAGAAAUGUUUCUUGGUUGAAUUGGGAAUUCUUUCAAAGGGAUGGAUCGAUUUGUGACAAUAAUUGUUCUUGGUUUCCUAAUUGUUGGAACGGCUUCACAAGAGGCGGAAUACUUGUUCUUGCCCGAGCAUGAAUCAGUAUACGCGUGGAAUGUGACCCUCACCACAGGGGCAGCUCUGCCCCAAUCCGUCAGUUUGUCUUGGAAUUUCUCUGCAAAUAUCCAUGUUCAACAAACAACCAGUAACACUACCAUUUUCAAGAUAAGUGAUGUAUUGACUUCGGAAAACAAUGCAGUUGAAACACGGCCCAUGCUGCAGCCUUUCAAGGCCACUUUUGAGAAGGGCCUACUUACAGCACUAAUUACUGAGGACUCCGACAAAAAGUGGUCGGUCAAUAUUAAAAGAGCCCUGGUCACUCUUCUACAAUUGGACUUGGCUAGUAUGAGUCAGGUGGCCUUUCUGUCGUCUGAGAGUGGCAUGUACGGCACUUGUGUGACACAUUACAUUGUGACGAAUGGAGAUAAAAAGAUGACAGUGCAGAAAAUAGUUGACAUGGACUCUUGUGCGAGUGGCACCAACCAAGAUUCUCAUCAAUGGAGUAGUGCUCCGAAUUUCAUGUGUCCGAAUAAAUAUCAAAAAGAGGUGAUUAGUCACAGUGAAAGGACGUAUAUUCUGGAUCCAAGUUCCAAGAGUCUCAUCCAGUCAAUCUCAAGCAAAGGAAAAAUUUCACUACAGCCCUACCAAUCUCAGGCUGAAGCUCAUUACUCUUUGAUAAGCCAGUCGUUGAAUCUUGUGAGAGUGGACAAAAUCGAUAAGCUGUAUGAAGUGGUUGAGAGCGCCGAAGAAACGAAUCUGCUGUGGCAACCAAUCAACCUGGAUCCCACCUACGGAAAGCCUCCUACCAAUAAAAGUGAUGUCGUUUUGAAAGAGAUCCAAAACAUGCUUGGCGAGGUGAGUGACAGUCUGUCAUGGUGGAAGGUGAAGGCGCAAGGCCUGCACAAUGAGACGCUGUUCCGGCUGGUCGACCUCAUGUGGUGGCUCGAACUCGACGACUGGCGCACGCUCUACAACACUGUCACCCUUGGCACCAGCUAUCGACAGGAAACCAUACAGCAAAUCUUCUGGGAAGUAGUGCCUGAGGUGGGAUCUGCAGCGUCGACAGUGUUCGUGAAGGAUCUGGUACGCUCCAGCCAGGUCAAAGGCCUCAACGCCGUCUUCCUGCUUGGACGUCUCCCCUUCCGACUGCGCAAUCCUACUGAGCAACUACUCUAUCAAUGCGAGGAUCUUCUGCGACUGGGAGAUGUUGGAGAAGAAGUGAAAAAUUCGGCAAUCUUAUCCUUUGCAACGAUGAUCUAUAAAACGUGUGCUGUUAGCUGCAAACCUGAUACUGUGGACAGGUACACUAAAUUGUUCCUGGACAGGUUCAAAGAAAGUACACUACAUGGAGACAGAAUGCUGUACCUACAAGCGCUGAGUAACAUGGGAUUGCCUCAGAUACUCGAUUACCUGUCGCCAGUCAUUGCUGGCAAAACCUCCAACGACCGGCAUUUGCGAUUCCUUGCCACUUGGGCUGUUAUGCCUGCAGUCUUCACCGACCCUGCUAAGGUUCAUGAGAUAUUCUGGCCACUGCUUGUGAACAGAACGGAGUCGCUGGAGAUGCGAGUGGCGUCGCUGACUCUGCUGAUUCUGGCCAAGCCUACGCCGGCCGGGCUGAUCAGCCUGUUCUGGUACAUGGCCAACGAGCCCAGUCAGCAGCUCUACCAGUUCUACUACACAACCAUACAGUCGCUCACCCAGACUACCUAUCCUUGUUACACGCAACUUGGCGUGGUGGCUUCUCAGCUGGCUCGGUUCGUGCAGCCUCGCUCACACAGCUGGGCGACAGGCAACUACAUCCUCGACUACGAGGAGCCCGACCGCGGCUAUGGUGGCCUGCUGCAGAUGCUGCUCAUCGGCAGUGAGAGGACCGGCCUACCCAAUGUCAUCAUGGUGGUCGCAGAGCAGCAUGCGCUCGGACUCACCACCGAACAUGCUGUGUACCUGAAACUGGAAGGACUGAGCGAGGCCAUGAAACACGUGGUGGCCAGUAAGCCGGUGAAGAGUGUGCAGAAAGUGCUGGAAGUGCUGCAAAACAUGAAAGCACCCGACAGGGAUGGCGAGAAAAUCCAUUUCGAGUUCAUUCUGAAGGCUGAUGGUCGAACGGUCAUGACUUAUUUCAUGAAUGAAACCAACUUUCAUAAUUUGACUGCCGCUGCAAAGAAGUUGAGUUCGCUAUACUUUGAAUUCAGUGUGAACUACCAGAGACUGACAUUCCCAUUGGCCCUGCUGAAGCACCAGCCGACCGACUUCGGGGUGACGGCUCUGUCGCAGGUGCGCUUCUCGUCGUUCAUGUCAGCCAGGGGUCGCGUCUGUCAGGAUGAGGAGGGAGCGGCCAGAAACGCCGAGUUGGAUUUGAGAUAUUCGUGGAAUGGCAUCACCAGUCUGCGAGUUUUCAGUCCACUGAGCAACACUUGGUACGGAGCUGACAGGAGCAGAAGUAUUCAUAUUCGAGUCCCAUUUGCCACCCACAUCACGCUCAACUUUGCCAAAUCGCACCUCAAGAUCGUCGCUGUUAAGCAUAGAGAUUUCAUGGCCGGUUCACAGAUGGGAGGUGUAUGGCAUUCUGUUACAAAACUUAUUUCGGGAAGUACAACGAUAGAUCCUCCUCACAAUAUAACUGAUGAAUGGACAAUGGAUUCUGAAGAUUUAGGAGCUCGACUUGGCGCUAGUGUGUUCGACUGCCCUGGACAAACAUUUGGAAAUGCAUUGCAUUUACUGAAGAGAGCUUUCUUGGCCAAAAAUAAAAACUAUCAUAUGUUGCCUGGUGGAGUUGCCCUUCUUGGUCUGUUCUCCCUCAAGGAUCAGUUGGCAUUCCAGCCACCAGGGGGAGCUUGUGGUGUUCUUCUGUCUUUUGUGCCGCUCUUGACUCAGGUGGAGCCAGUGCUGCUAUUAGAGAAGAACAAGCUGAGUCUGUCGAUGACGCGUCGCGACGGCCUGCUGUGGGAGAUCCAGGCGGCCAUGAAGCAGCUUCACGACGGCAACGGCGAGGCCGCAUUCAAGCUGUACCACGCGCCCAGCGUCUCAGUGUCGUCCGGCGGCUUCUGGCGCGUCAUACAACUGGAGGGCGCUUUCAUCAUUCCCUCGCGCAAGUCGGGUGUCUUUCAUCCGCCCGCUCCUAUCACUGGUUACACGUUUGUAUCAUGGGGCGACGCGCAGCCAAGCAAUUCGGACAAGCUGUCAGUGCUGGACGUGAAGGUGGUGCCGGGGAACAACAUCAGCCAGCAGUCCCUCUGCUCCGACUUCAACCCCAUCUGUCUGCAGGCGUUGACUGAUCUCGCCGCCAGGCAAACUGCCAAUGUCCAGUACCUCAAUCUUCCUGUUUGGUUUAAAACAGCUGCACAUGCUGUCUUUCCUGAACAUUUUCAAACUGAGAGUACGUCAGCCACAUUCACAUUCAAUAGUCCUGUACCGUUCCCCUGGAAUACGAAAGGUCUUUGUGCAGUGAGCAAGAAUGUCAUCUUGACAUUUGACAAUGCAACUCUCGCCUCUACUAUGCCUGAAGAAUACACGCUGGCCGUUGCUGACUGCUCAGCUCACAAGCAAUUUGCAAUUCUCACCAAAAAAGUACCUGAAAGCGACACUUUGGUGGUGAAACUGUUAUUUGGCACAAAAGACGUUGAAAUAAUACCGACAUUGAGUGGAAAACAAUUUGUACUGAAUGGAAUACCUCUUUCGGAUAAUGAGUUUACUCAAAACUUCGGAAACUCUUCAACCACAGAUUUGCUAAUUUUAGUGAAAGACAAUGGCAUGACUGAAGCUGAGUUGGAGAAUGGAGUAGUUCUGCAGCACUAUAACUCUACAAUAGUUGUUCUCGUUCCUGGACUGUUCCGUAGUUUCACCUGUGGAUUAUGUGGAGACUUCAAUAGUGACACUAACAACGACCCGAUCCACAUGUUCAACUACAUCAAGUGAAACUUUCAGUUUGAAAACUAGAAAGAAAACGCAACGAAGUAGAUUAACAACAGACUACAGACAUGAAAUUGGAAGACAUUGACUUGUUCCUUUGAUACGGCCUAUCAAGUUGAAGUUGAAAACAGAGCAUCUCUUCAAGCGAGUCUCAACUUGUACGAUGUCUCUAAUUUCAUUUUCUAUUGUAAAUAUUUCUUAUUAGAGUUUAGAGUGAUGAACUAUGAUGUAAAAAUAAUAGAUGAUUAUGUGUACAAUCAAGUUACUUUUCUUUUUGGAUUCCAAGAAAAGUUUGGUAUAGCCUACUCUAUAUUCUACAGAACGAUUUCACGAAAACAAUUAUUUAGAAAACAUAGGCCCGGUUGCACAAAAGCCGGUUGAAUUUUAACCGUGAUUAAUUCUACUAGAACCAAUCAGAGGUGUUUUUGAAAAGACGGGUUCUCUGAUUGAUUCUCGUAGAAUUAAUCACGGUUAAAAUUUAACCGGCUUUUGUGCAGCCGGCACAUAAUUUUUUAUAAUUAUUGAGGAUUCUCUAUUGUCUUGAGUAAAUUACUGUCCAUAGAAGCAUAACGAUUUAGAGGGAGUGGAAGAUCUAUUGGCAAGAGAAUCUUUACAUUCUGUAUUAGACCAGCAAAAAUAAUAACUGCUGUGAACGUUUUAUAUUGGGCCAAUUCUUAUGCGCUCCUAUAUGUGCAGAUUUCAUCAUUUUUUAAAAUGUUAUUGUGUCUAGAAGGAAAAUUGAACUAAAAAUACAGAUAAAGUGGCCAUCUUUAUCAGUCGUCUGACUGCGUGGUUUUCAAACAUACUGUAUAAUAUCACAUGUUGUAGAUCUGCAGAAAUUAUAAAUUCACUUGAGAAAAA